AUGAAAUCAAAGAAUCUUGAUCUCCAGGUGCCUUUAAAUACGCCUCCCGUACAACAUCACUAUUCAGUUCCAAUGAAAAAAAUAUCUCGAGAUCACCCAAAAGAAAUUUCAAUACCGAUUUUCGAGGAUAACCCUCACCUUUCAUUAUAUCCAACACCGCCUCAACCGUAUAAUUCAUUUUCGGAAAAUGUAUUAAUACAAAAUCAACGAAAAUCACAGUCUUACCCAUCGCCAAAUUUAUACAAGUUGUCCUUACUUUUAACAACAGAACUGGACAUUCGGAAGUGGUGGGACAACGUGAUUGAGAUAUUGACUUCUUCAUACUGCGCAACUCGUAUCUUGCUUUCGGUGCCACAUGAUCUAACCGACACAAUAAAUACAUCCUGGGGUGUCAAAGCGACUUACCAUAAGGAUUAUUGUUGUCCCGGAAACUCUUGUUAUCCAGAUAGUAUUGACAGUUGUUCAACAUCUUCAAGUGAUUCCGGACAUCCUGUAUACGAAAGCUUGAAGGAUUUUGAUAGAGAGGUUGAUCCGCUGGUGAACAACGAAGGAAUCCUAAGGAUAUUACAGACAGGAAAUAUUACGGUAUUGACGAGGGAGUACAAAUUACAAAAUGAAGAAUCUAAUAUGAACUCCUUGAACAAUGGAUCUCAUCAAAAAAAAUUAUUGGACACAAAAGAUGAAAGUCUGGUUGGUUCGUUUGAAAAUGGAAUUUAUCAAAAUGAAGUCUCGGAUUCUCACGAUCCUAAUGAUCAGUGGUCGCGGGUGUUGGAUACUCCUUGCCUGAAUGAUUUGGAGGAAGGUCAAAACAGCUAUUUUCAAAUCAAUCGGAAAAGUUUGUUUAAUAUUCACUAUCAUCAUCGAUCAACUUCCGAGUUUCAGGAAAAGGAACAACAUCAACUUUCGCCUUGGGCUCAACCGAUUUCUGCCACCGAUAAAACAGAAAAUCCUUACUUUCAAACGUUACCGAAGAUUGACGAUGAAUCCUUUAAUCCUUCAAACGUCACAUUUUCACAAUCACCUGCCAAUAAUAACUCCCACUCAGCAGUCACUGAGCACAUUUAUUCAAUUGUACAUAUCCCUCUCAUACAUCCAACCACUGUAAAAAAUGUUGCGCCGACAAAUGCAAAUCAUACACCUGUACCAAUAGCUAUUCUUUCAUUUCUUUCAUGCAUUGCACCAUACCCAGAAGAGUUGUUGAAGUCUUUGAAGGUAUUGGCUCCCUUCAUGGCUACGACAUUGUCAGUUUCAAUGAUACAUCAACAAAUAUCAUCUUAUGCGAAUUCAAUUAGAGAGAGGCGCCGACGUAGUAGUCAGAAAUCAAAUGCGACAGUGAAUCCUUUGUCAGUUGGUCUCGCGGAUGAAGACGAUAACGAUAGUAUGUCAUCGGGAUAUUCUACAUCAUCAACAAGUUCUUCAAAAUGGGAGUAUGCCACCGUCUUCUCGACCACUUAUGGUCACAGUCCACACGCGGAUUCAAGCGGUGACGAUCCUUUCAACGACAGUGAUAAUUUGUUCUCGAGAUUAAAUGACGAUGAAUUUACCCCAGAAUCCGAGGGUUUAACAUGCGAUGAUUCUUCGCCUACUCCUUCAACACCGCAGGGACCGGUUAAGAGUCGUAGGGUCUCGUUACCAACGGACCGUAAAAGGCGUCAAUCGAGAAAUUCCAUCAAAGCAUCGAAUGUACCUGGUAAUUUGCACCGCCGUCAUAAUUCGAGCGCGCAACCUGCCUUAAUGGAAAAGCCACGUUUAAUAAUACCUAAUACAAAAAUGCUGCGACUUUUGAUGGAUCUGAUGCCUAAUGUUGUAUACACGUGUACCCCUGGACUCGGAGAUUGCACUUGGGUAAACAUGCGUUUGCUUAAAUAUACUGGUCGUAGUAUCGACGACUUAUUGGGUCAUGGUUGGAUGGAAGUUGUGCAUCCCGAGGAUAGACCACGUGUUUUGGAAAUGUGGAAUAACACAUUUUCACGCGGUGAGGGAUCAAGUGCAGAGUAUCGCAUGCGUAGAUUUGAUGGUCAAUAUCGUUGGUUCCUGGGUCGAGCUGGUCCUUUGCGUGACGCGAGGGGUGUUAACAUCCGAUGGUUUGGAACUUGCACUGAUGUUCAUGAUCAGAAAUUAGCGGAGCAGGUUCAGAGCAGACAAGUUCAUAUUGAAGCCAACGAAAAAAAGUAUCGACUUCUUGCCGAAGCUAUACCUCAAAUAGUGUUUACUGCAACACCUAAAGACGGUAUAACAUAUGUCAACAAAAAAUGGUUAGAUUAUUCUAGUCAGACUGAAGAUGAGGCAAAGAAUCUGGGAUUUCUAUUUCAUGUUCAUCCUGAUGAUCGAAUUCGCUGUCGUUUACCGGAAGAAAAAGGUUCGGACGAAAUGACCUACUCAACGGAGGUACGCUUAAUGCGAAGUGACGGGGAGCAUAGGUGGUUUUUGGUAAAGUGUAUUAGUGUCGAAGUUUCGGAUCAAGGUCGUAAGUGGUUUGGUACUUGCACGGACAUUAAUGAUCAUAAGAUGGUGGAACAGAAAUUGAAGGAAGCACAUGAUGCAGCAAAAAGAUCAACAGAGAGCAAGACGAGGUUUUUGUCUAACAUGUCUCACGAGAUUCGCACACCGCUGAUUGGUAUCACCGGUAUGAUAAAUUUCAUGUUGGCAACUACACUUACGGUAGAACAGCUUGACUAUGCGCAUACCAUUCAACAGUCGGCGGAUGCUUUGCUCUUGGUUAUCAAUGAUAUUCUGGAUUUGAGCAAGGUCGAAGCCGGAAUGAUGAAACUGGAGAAGGAACCAUUUUCAGUUCAUAACAUGAUAGAGGAUGCUAAUGAAUUGCUCUCAACCUUGGCCAUACAAAAGGGUCUCGAAUUGAGCUUCAUUGUGGAUGACAACGUCCCAGAUGUAAUAUGCGGAGAUAGAAUCAGAUUACGUCAAGUGCUGCUGAAUGUUAUAGGAAAUGCGAUUAAGUUCACGUCAAAAGGCGAAGUGUUUUCUCGUUGCUCGUUAUCCGUGACGUAUGAGGAUGAACUUAAUGAAAACGAGAUGAUGUUGAUGUUCGAGGUGGUCGACACCGGUGAUGGUUUCGAUACGGAAGAAGAGGCCGUGAUGUUUAAGCCAUUUUCACAGGUGGAUACUUCUUCGACAAGAAAACAUGGUGGCAGUGGACUUGGAUUAGUCAUAUCCAGACAACUGAUAGAGCUCCAUGGAGGAAAAAUGUCGUGUAAAAGUAAAAAGGGUGUCGGAUCUACGUUCUACUUUUCUGCCAAAUUUGUAAUACCCGCCGAUUCCACAGCUCCCCGUCCACCCACCCCAACUUCCGAAGUUUCGAAUUCUCCAUUCUUCCGACAUAUCGCUGAUUUGCCAUAUGCACGUGAAACCCUUACACAUUAUGUCCGUUCCAUCCUCCCCAAGUGUCCUGCACCAGAAAUCGAAGUUUCUUGUAGCUACAACGAAGCUCGAGACCGAUUAUCUUCCGAAGAACUUAAAUCUUACACUCACAUAUUAAUAAAUUUGGCUUCUCAACCUCAGGUUAUUUCCUUAGCCUCAAUAAUAAAACAUGCGAUGCACCUUUCUCUAACUGUUACUGUGAUAUUAACGACACCUAUUCAACGAGCGGGAAUUGUGGAAGGUACACAGAAUGAUUUGCCUGAACGCGUUGAAUUCAUCUUCAAGCCUCUUAACAGAAGUAAGAUGGAGGGCUUAUUCGAUGUUACCACGACGGUUAGGGAGAAUUUUUUGAAGAGACGAAAUACGCAUAAAAUUGUUGCAAGUCAAAAAGAAGUGUUUAAACGUAUGGCUGACGAUGUGGGUGACAAAGGAUUUAGAGUAUUAUUGGUUGAAGAUAAUGAGGUUAAUCAAAAAGUAAUGACAAAAUAUCUCACCAAAGUUGGAUUGGGCGUAGAAAUUGCUAAUAACGGGGAAGAAUGCUUAAAAAAGUUUUAUUCACAUCCGCACAGCUAUUAUUCACUGAUAUUGUGUGACCUCUUCAUGCCAGUAAAAGACGGAUAUGAAACCGCGGCUGAAAUCCGAGCAUGGGAAGCCCGAAAUUUAAAAUUUGAAUCUCAAUUACCAAUAAUAGCUCUUUCAGCGAAUGUAAUGUCUGACGUGGCGAAUAAAUGCCGCGAAGUUGGGUUUACUAGUUACAUUAGCAAACCUGUGAACUUUGCCACAUUAAGUGACGUUAUAAGAGAUUUGUUGAUUGGUAAAGCAAGUGAGAAUGACAAUGACCAUGAAGGAUGUGAUAAAAGUAGUGUUGAAAAUAACGCAUCAUGA